AUGUUACCUCCCCACCGGGGACAGGCGGCUGGUCUUAUCGGCGACGUCCACGGCUGCAGGGAGAAGCUCGACCAACUCCUCGACAAGGUCGGCUUCCGGCCCAAGACCGACCAUGUUGUCGCUAUCGGAGAUCUAGUCAACAAAGGCCCCGAUACGCUUGGCGCCAUUGACCUUCUGCGCUCAAUUGAGGAAGCCGAGGGUAGGCUGGAGCUGGUCCGGAGGUCAAAGGAUGACGCUGCCGCGGCGGCGGCGGCCAGGGCGGUCGUAUACGGCCAGACUCCCGUCUCGGACUGCAGCUGGGAUCGCACCAUUUUGGCCUGGACACGUGGUGCUCCGCCGGCGGGCAGCUGA